AUGAGGACUCUUGCAGUCUGUGGUGGAUCGGCGCUGCUCCUGCUGCUGUUACCCUGCGUGUGCAUUGAGGCCUACAGGCCGGUCAUCAUCGUGCAUGGCCUCUUUGAUGGACCCAAGCAGUUCCGAACUCUGGCUCCCUUCAUUUGCAAGACGCAUCCCGGCACGGAAGUGACGGUGGUGGACGUGUACAACUACAUGACCAGCCUCCAGCCGCUGUGGAAACAGGUGGAAGGCUUCAGGAAGGCCGUCGAGCCGAUCAUGAGAAAGGCUCCCCACGGCGUUCACCUGCUGUGCUUCUCCCAGGGGGGUCUUAUUUGUCGAGCGCUUCUCUCCAUGAUGCCCGACCACAACGUCCACACCUUCAUCGCCCUGUCAUCGCCCCUGGCAGGCCAAUAUGGAGACACAGACUACUUGCGCCGCAUAUUUCCUGACAGCGUCAAGAAAACCCUCUUCCUCGUUUGCUACAACGGCGUGGGGCAGAAAGUGUCGGUUUGCGGCUACUGGAAUGAUCCUCACCACCGGCCCAGAUACUUAAAGAGCAACAAGUUCCUGCCGCUGCUCAAUGGCGACACACCUCACAAAGAUAUGGAAGCCUGGAAGGACAACUUCCUGCGCAUCAAGAAGCUGGUGCUGAUCGGAGGACCCGACGACGGCGUCAUCACCCCGUGGCAGUCCAGCCAUUUUGGAUUCUAUGACAACAAAGAGCGCAUUGUCGAAAUGAGGAACCAGGAGUUUUACAGGAACGACACGUUCGGAUUGAAGACGCUAAGCGCCCGUGGAGACGUGUCGCUGUGCCUCCACUCCGGAGUGCAGCACAUCCGCUGGCACUCCAACUACACCGUGUUCAGCAGCUGCAUGGAGGAGUGGCUGACUUGAAAGCACCAGCACGUUCCGACACCAUCAGCGCCAACAUGGAUGCACAUAAUUUGGCACUGUAGAAAAAAAUAACAGCAUGAGUGUUCACCAGUUUUGGAUCUACUGUCAAGGUUCUUGACACCUAAGAAUAGAUGCAAUAUUUUAUUUUCUGUAUAUUUGUUCAACAAAGAAUUAUUUUUAAAUAUCUUUGUAUUUAAAAAUGCUUUUUAGAACUUUGUUGAUUUUUUCUCUUAAUAUAUGCAAAUAUUGAGUACAAAAAGUGGUUAAAAUACAUAUUUUCUUACUUGGUAUUCCAUGUAUCAUUUAAAAGAAGAGCCUAUUGUAUAACAACAUUUAUAACAUUAGCUAUUGGCAUAAUAAAUCGCAGGAUAUGUCUUCAAGGUUUGAUUAAUAUUUACUGUACAAAAAAGCAAGUAUUUGCCAAGGUUUAAUAUUUUCUUGCUUUGUUAAUAUACUCCACCAACUGCCAACGGAAGUCUUGUCGUUCUGUGUGUUUUGCUCGCCGACAAUCGAGAAGUGGCGUUCAAGAACAAAUCGAGUCUUUUAAAUGGUUCUUUUUAACUAAACGAUGAGAAUCGAUUCCUGUUUGGGAGCUGUUUUUGUUUAUUCACAUGCAGAUUCAUCGUUGGCAAUUGCCCACUGGUCUAGAAAAUGAGCGUUAAAGUAAAUUUAGCAACAUUUGGAUUAACUUUAUAUAUUUAUAUAUUAUAUUACACUGUACAAAAAUAUAUAUUUUUAUGGUUAAUUUACUCUAAAUUUCUACUGUAAUUUUUCUAUUUUUUUUAAAAUAGUUUAUAAAACUGUAGAAUUGAAGACAUUAUCUGUAAAUAAACAAUUCGCCUGUUAUUUUAAGUAAUAUGCCAGUAAUGACAAACUAUGUAUAUUUCUAUUUUUUUACAGAAAAAUACCAAAUUAAUUAUACAUAGCAUUUUCUGUUUUCUUAAAUUACUUUCAAAUUCAUGUAAAAUUACAGUAAUGAUCUUUCAUUAAAUAUGUAGCUUUUUAUAUAAAAGUCUAUGUCCAUACUAACAAUCUAACACAGGGGUGUCAAACUCAAAUACAGAGUGGGCUAAAAUUUAAAACUGAACAAAGCCGCGGGCCAAGUUUGAACAAAUUAACCUUUAAUGUACUCUACGAGCUAUAGUCACGUUCGCUUUUCAUCCAUUCUAACAUCGUUCAGACCCAGUCACAAGAUAUGUGC